AUGGCGUCUUUUUCAUCAUCAAAGUCGAGCUCGGCGCCAGCAGUCAAAGAGCAGCCGUCCGGUCCGUCUGAGCAACCGACACCACCCAAGACGUAUUUCUCGUUUUAUGACAAGAUCGGCCUGCUGGCGACAUGCACCCUCAGCAUCGGACUGGCCCUCAUCAUCUUGAGCCUGGGAUUCCUCUGGUUCUUGUGGCUGGGAAACGAUGGGAUCUCGUUUUGGCGAACCGUCAUCGACCGGAACUGGACCUCCCGGGCGGUCGCGUUGUCGUCGCUGGCUAUCCGACAGUCGGUGUCGUUCCAUGCGUCGGCCGCCACGGCCAUGCUGGCCAGUCUCGCCCUGGAGCACACGGCCGUGCUCCUGCUCAACCUGGCGUCGGUGUCAACAACCCGCAACGCGAAUGGAGGGCCGUACAUGCUUUCGUGGUGGCUCUGGAAAGCCUUCCGCUUCAAUCCUCGGCGUUGGAAGACCGUGUCAUUGCCACUCCUGAUCGCGGUUCUGGCCUCGACAACGGCACUGGUUCAGUUUACUUCCUUUGCCCUGCUUUCCGACGUCGCCGUCGUGGUCGCGCGGGCCUCGAGCCAAACCAAGCAGUCGCCCACACACUUUGCAUACGGCCAAGACGGCGCCAUUCCCGUCGUCACCCAUGGCAGCACGUGGUCGCAGCAGCUCCAGUCGUACCCCAGUUUUGCCGAAUACCAUGAACCCCCCGCUCAAGAUCUGCCUGACGGAGUCGACGAUACCGGUCUGACGUUGAGGGCGUUCCUCCCCGUGGUCAACCAGCAGACGCGGUCGAUGGUGGCAUCGUGGGACGGUGUGGCCACGGUCCUCGACGCCAGAACUGUUUGCAUCCGGCCCACACUCGUCAAUCCUCGUGUGCACUAUGCAGACGAGUCGCUGGGCUUUGAAACCGGCUUCACCGUCGAUCUCGGCACCUACGACCCCCAGAAACUCGGCCUGCAACCGGUGUCCUCUCCCGAAUUCGAAUGUGCGUCGGGAAACUGCCCUGGGGACAUUGCCUGCAUGGUCCCCCUGUCCGCGUUGGCGGGCAACGGACACACCCAGCUCUCCUCGACCCAGGCCCAGUUCCCCCAGUGGCGGCUAGUGGCGUGUCAGCCUGCCGGGUCUGUGGAAGAAACGCCCUUCCUGUUACAGAGCCAGUUCCAAGUGCCCGGGCAGGAGACGCGCGAGAACCCCCCAGCGGGCGGCGACCCGAACUAUUCCUUCGGCAACGCGUACCUGGUGCUCAACGUCUCGUCCGGCUCCGAGGCCGACUGGGCACAAGCUCUCCCCGGCGAGGACCCUAACCAGGGGAUCUUCCGGGGCGCGGGCACGCCGCCCGUGGGCUACAGCGUGCACGGGCAGAAGAACGAGUGGUACGACCUGAUCUAUUCGGACGAUGCCACCCUCAAUCUGAGCGUCAGCCUGUGCUACACGGCCUUUGACACGGCCGAUCUCCACGUCCAGAUCGAUUCGUCCGGCAACCACUCGGACCUCACGCCGUCGUGGAACACGGCGAGGCAAGCCUAUGAAUACGACGCCAUCAGAGGACAGCUGGGACAGGACCGCGACACGGGGGCGGCUACGUACUCGCGCGACUGGCGCGGCCGCAACAUCAUGAAUCUCCAGAAGCGAGACUCCUGGAUUCCUGAGCCCGAUUUUGGCGACUACUUGGUCCCGCAAGACCGCGUCACGCAGACGAGUUGGAUCACCGACUACGCCAACAUGGCCGGCUCGCUCCAGAGCAAUGCCUUCAACUACCUCCCCGGCGGCAACUGCACCCGCAUGUUAUGGCAGAGCUAUCAGCUCGCGGGGAUGUGGUCUAGUCAGAUGUCGUACGACUACGCCGACGCGUCCCUGACGGGUCUCGUGCAGGAGAUUCUCCAGGCCGGGGGCUCUCUGUCGUUCGCCAUGCAGAGCAUCGUCACCGUCCUGAGCGAGCUGGCCUACUACCAGCAGGUGCAGCAGCUCAACGGCGUCUCGAACGUGACGGCGGCGCCGUACGUGCAGGCCUCGGCUCCGGUCCGAAAACGCGGGUUGAUCGCCGUCACCAUCGUGCUGGGCGUGCAUCUGCUCGUCGUUCUCGGCUUGAUCCUGCCCGCAUUCCUGCGGCGAACGAACAUCUCGAGUCUCGGCAACGCCUGGCAGGCCGUCGCGCAGCUCAUCGACUCGACGACGGAGCCGAUCCUGCGCAAGGCCCCGCUGGCCACCGAGUCGGAAGCAGAGCAAGAAGUCAAAGUGCCUGUGGGAAAGAAGAACAAGCUGAAGAACCAUGACAUUGUGGGCCUCUACACCCCGGACGGACACUCCGUCAAGAUCAAGAGCGCCGUGGUCGAAAACAACGACGUUGAGGAUGCACAGCAUCCCCGUGGGCCUGCGUCCGUAAAUGCUCCUGCGGCGGCGGCGGCCAAUGACGGAAAUGGCCAUGGCGACGAACCGCAAGAGCAGAAUGCCUUACUUCGGGACGACGAACAGUAG